AUGAAUUGUACUAUAAUAGAAAGAUUAUCAUUAUAUUUGAAUAUUCAUCAAAUUAUCAUCGCUAUUAUUCUGGUCAUACUGAUAUUUUCUGUGAUAGUUGGGAAUACAUUUGUUAUACUAUCCGUAAUUAUUUAUAAGCGUAUGAGAACAUUUACAAAUAAAUUAUUAACAUCACUUGCCACUGCUGAUCUCUUAGUUGGUCUAUUUGUAAUGCCAUUAUCAUUAUUGGAUUUACUAUUAAAUCAUGCCUGGCCAUUCGAUAUAUUGUUAUGUAAAGUUUGGUCAACAACUGAUGUCCUUUUCUGUACAGCAUCUAUACUCAAUCUUUGUGUCAUAUCAAUUGAUCGCUAUUUGGCAAUUUCUAAACCAUUAAAAUAUUCUCGAACGAGAAAUUAUAAAACAGCUGCUUUAUUAUUGGGCUCAGUUUGGUUGAUCUCAUUUAUAGUGUGUUCACCACCGUGGAUAUUUCAUUUUGAUAAUUAUCCUAAAAUCAUUCGUGUGAAUAUUUCUGGAUCCAAUUCAUGUUUUGUUGAUAUGAUCUUUUGUGAUUAUCCCAGUGGUAUUAUAUAUCGAAUAUAUAGUUCCAUGGCGAGCUUCUUCAUUCCACUUUUGGUGAUGUGCUGGAUAUACUGCAAAAUAUUCCGAAUUAUAUCGAGGCGUGAAAAAGUUUUAUGGAAAAGUAUCAAUUUAAGAUCAUACGACGAAUCCAGUAAAUGUUAUACUUUAAACAGCCAAAGCAGAGAUAGAAAUAACAUUGAACGAUAUUCGGAAGAAUCAAUAUCUAAAAAGCAAACAACAGAUGAUAUAAUGUAUAGUGCUAUCAGUGUUGGCAUAACUCCACUUAAAUCAGAUUCAUCGAGUUGUGAGAUAACAUCAAAUGAUCGAUCAAAGUCAUCUAUAAAUCAAAUGGAUACUGAGGAUGGAAGUGUGUUAACAUUAGCCAAAAUAGCACAACAUUGUUACCUUAAAUUACAACAUCGUUAUUUAUUAGCCAAAGCGCAUGAUCGCUAUCCAACUUAUGGCCCUAGUAAAUUUACUAACACUUCACGGGAGAAAAUUGUUUAUAUGAAGGAACGAAAAGCUCUAAAAACGAUUUCCAUCCUUUUUUUCGCAUUUUCGAUAUGUUGGUUCCCAUUUUUCGUAAUUUAUUUGGUCGAAGUGACAGUGAGCAGUUCUAAUGAGAUUAUUUAUGCAACAAAAGAAGUAUUCCUAUGGCUUGGCUAUUCAAAUUCUGUGUUGAAUCCAAUAAUCUAUACGAUGUACAAUCACGAUUUUCGACGAUGUUUUCGUGAUCUUAUGACAUUAGGAUUUAUCACGAAACGGCGAUCAAUGAGUAUCCGUAAACUUCAUCAACAAAGCAUCUGUUGA